AAUUCUGACGUCAUACGGGCGGACAUCUUGUCGGUUUGCAGUCCUCAGUUAUGUCUUCAUAGGAGUGGUACGUAAACUUUCGAGGGGAAACAGUACUUGUGUCUUGUUUUUGCAUCGUUUUUGCGCGCCGAUCGAGCCCAUGUGAGUCUGAGGAAAUACCCUAGGAAUACUUGCCACCGGAAUUUCGUCAAUCAUGUUUCGCUGUAUCCCUUUAUUCCGUGCCUGCAACAGGCAGGUGGAUAUUAUUGAGCGGCGACACUGUAAUCUCACCAUGAUACCGGACGAUGUAUACCGCUAUGCACGGAGUUUAGAAGAACUUUACCUCGAUGCCAACCAGCUCAGGGAAUUAAAUAGGCCUUUCUUUCGCUUAUUGAAUAUCCGCAAACUCGGACUAAGUGACAAUGAAAUUGAAGCAUUGCCCCCUGAAGUCGGAAACUUCAUGAACCUGAUCGAGCUUGACAUAAGUCGAAACGAUAUUAUGGAGAUUCCUGAAAAUAUAAAAUUCUGUAAAAAAUUACAAGUCUGCGAUUUUAGUGGAAACCCAAUUUCAAAGUUACCAGACGGUUUUACGCAGCUCCGUGACCUCACACACCUCUGUUUAAAUGACGUCUCCCUCACAAGGUUACCACCCGAUAUAGGAAGUUUAUCUAAUUUAAUUACUUUAGAAUUACGAGAAAAUCUGUUGAAAUUUUUGCCAACUUCGCUGUCAUUCCUGGUAAAGCUGGAACAGUUAGAUUUAGGAAGCAAUGAACUUGAAGAAUUGCCGGAAACAUUAGGUGCUCUGCCCAAUUUAAUGGAACUAUGGCUGGAUUGCAAUGAAUUAACAGAACUGCCAGCAGAAAUUGGUAAUUUGUCAAAGCUAAUGUGUUUAGAUGUUUCUGAGAACCGACUGGAAAGCCUACCAGAGGAGAUUGGCGGCUUAGGAAAUCUGACAGACCUCCAUCUUUCACAGAACUGUAUAGAAAGACUACCUGAGGGAAUCGGCAAUCUUAAACAAAUGACGAUAUUGAAAAUUGACCAGAACAGACUUGUUGCCUUGACGGCGGCAAUAGGAAGCUGUGAGUGUCUACAAGAGUUAAUUUUAACGGAGAAUCUUUUACAAGAACUGCCAGCCACUAUAGGGCUCCUGAAAAAAUUAAAUAACUUGAAUGUUGACAGAAAUCGACUCAAAUCAGUCCCGAUUGAGCUGGGGCGAUGUCACAAAUUAGGAGUGUUGUCUUUAAGGGAAAACAUGUUGACUGAAAUUCCGUCAGAAAUAGGAAGUUUAAAAGAGCUGCACGUUCUCGACUUAUCUGGAAACCGAAUAGAAUAUCUACCGCUGAGAAUUGCGCAGUGUAAUCUCAAGGCAUUGUGGUUAUCAGAAAACCAGGCUCAGCCAAUGCUAAACUUCCAAACAGAAGAAUUAGAAGGUUCAAAGAAGAAAGUUUUGACUUGUUUUUUACUGCCACAGAGAGGACCGUCUGAGAGUAUGGGCCCCCCAUCUUAUCACUCGGAUGACGAUGCCAAACAGGAAAUCGUUUUGCACGAGCCAUUAGAACAGCAUACCACAGAGAAUCUUUUGCGGGACAGCAUUGGUGGCGACAGUCGGCUCAGCUGGUCUGAUCAUGGUGCCGAUAGGGUGCAAUUCACAGAUGGUGGAGAAAUUGACAGUAACAAAUUGAGUAAUUUUGUCCGCCAUGACACACCUCACCCCAGAGAACUCAAGGCACGUCAUGCCAAGUUGCGCGGGAAAGCAAUAGACAGUCCGACGCAUAAAGAUGGAUUCAGUAAAGAGGAACACCGACUCAGUACAUCAUCAAGAGCCAGCGACCAAUCAUCAGCCAGCGAGACGCAUGCAAGAGCCACAUCCCCCACAUGUUCCGUUACCAUGGAUUUACAUCAUAAAAUGGACGAGGAGAAAGAUAAUAAUCCAUCCGUCACCACCACAACCCCGGCUUCCCCUGGGACUAAAUCAGCCUUGCGACGUAAACUAACCCCUCAAUUUCCCAAGUACGAUGUCCACAGUGACGAGGUUAUUAUCAAUAUUCAUCGGCAAGCUGGUGGCCUGGGAAUCAGCAUAGCUGGUGGCAAAGGGUCAACACCAUUCAAAGGAGAUGACGAGAGUAUAUUUAUAUCCAGAGUUGCCGAAGAUGGUCCCGCAGCUAAAGCUGGUGUGAGGAUGGGAGAUAAACUGAUUUCUGUAAAUAAUGUAAAUUUGUUAAAUGCCGACCAUCUGAUUGCUGUUGAUGCACUUCGAAAGAGUGGUAACACCGUCAGAAUGGCUGUGUCUCGGGAAGUUUACACACCCUCUGAAGAACCGCCACCUGUUGAGAAAAAAAGUCAAGUUUCAUUUGCACCGGAACCAGAGGUGCAGGUUGUAAUGGACAAAUUAACCAUCACGCUGAAUCGUGAUGAGAAAGGUGGUUUGGGUUUCAGUAUUGCUGGAGGCACUGGAUCAACGCCGUUCAGGGGAAAUGAUGAAGCUAUCUAUAUAUCAAGAAUUGCAGAAGGUGGUAAAGCUGACACUGAGGGCAUACUUCAAAUAGGAGACAAAAUAAUUGCAAUCAAUUCCGUUGAUGUGACCGAUGCCAGGCACGAUCAAGUCGUUUCCUUACUGACAUCAUCAAAUCAAAUAUCGUUGACGAUAUUGAGGGAGUCUGUUGAAGUCAAAGAACCCGAAAUUCAAGUUAAACAAUCACAACCUGUUGAGGUUGCCAUGGUGAAUCAUAUCGAAAAUGGUGAUGAUGAGGAAGAGGAGGACGAGGAGGAUGAAGAUGAGAAACCUGAGACGCCAGUUUUCGAAGAAGAGGAGGUUGUGUUAGUUCGACAAGGCGGUCCACUUGGGUUAAGUAUCGUUGGCGGUAGCGACCACUCAAGUCAUCCGUUCGGUCAAGAUGAGCCAGGAAUAUUUAUAUCAAAGAUUGUGCCUGAUGGUGCUGCUGCUAAGACGCCACUCAGGAUAGGCGACAGAAUACUUGAGGUGAAUAACAAAGAUAUGAGGGCAGCGACACAUCAGUUUGCCGUGUCCGCACUGCUCGAGAACAGACAAAGGAUAGUGUUGCGAGUAAGACACGACCCACCACCGGAAGGACUAGAGGAAGUGUAUAUUCACAAGACUCCAGGCGACAAAUUAGGAAUUAGUAUCCGUGGCGGCAGUAAAGGUCACCCUGGCAACAGUAAAGGUCACCCUGGCAACCCAUUAGACAAGAGUGACGAGGGUAUCUUUAUAUCAAAGGUCAAUUCACAGGGAGCUGCAGGCCGAGACGGACGAUUGAAAGUAGGAAUGAGAAUUUUAGAGGUGAAUAAUCAAAGUUUACUCGGUGCCACACACGCAGAAGCUGUUCGUUCACUUCGCAGUGCAGGAGAGAAACUUAUUGUUUUAGUAUGUGAUGGGUAUGAUCCCAUCAAAGUCGCUGAGUUACACGGUACUGCUGGAGUCAUUUCCAACCCAUUAACAACCAGAACAAGCCAAGAAAGUAUAUGCUCAAUAGACAGAGACACAUCACAGGAAGAUCUCCACGUUAUGAAACAGGAUGCUGACUUCCAGAGGGAGGUGUCUGCUACUUGGGAAAGAGAAGAUCUCAAAAAAUUGGAAGCGCUUCGACGUCAAAGAGAAGAAGAUACAAUCAAGAUAGAAAAAGAAGGGGAUGCAUUUCACCAAGCAUUGGCAGACCGAGGAAUGAUUGUGAAAUUUGACGAUAGAAGUAGCGCUGAGAAUUUGGAUGGAACUUACCAUCGAAGAACAGAAGAUCCACUUGCCAAGAGAAAACAAGGACCUCCCGUCAUGCCAAAACCGGCCAGGCCGCUGCUGGGACCGGUCGGUACCUCAUACGCGGGAUAUUGGAAAGACGAUCCAGAGUACGCUCGUAAAGAAGCUUUGCGCAUUAGUCGUCUGUCCACCGCCUCAACAUUGUCAUCACUUAGCCCUCCUAUUUCACCAGAGCCUCCAAUUGACAACAAAAAUGACCCAAUACCAGAAAAAUUUUCAUUCAGACAAAAACAAAAACAUUUUGAGAAAAAAAUAGAACAACAAGUUCAUCCAGAGUCACUUGACACACAAGCCAAAAAAAUAGCAUUAGUCAGCCAAGAGGAUCUCGCGAAAAUGAGAGAAGAGGAAGAUAAAAAAAUGAUGUCAAUGUCUCAGGAAGAACUCUUACGAUAUCAGAGGGAUAUAGAAUCGCCAGUGACACCCAGUGAGAGGAAUGAAGACAACUCCUUUAAUAGAUCUGGAGAUAGCCUUAAUGCAUCUAUAACUAGCUUUAGCUCAAUCUCUAGUACGCCAAGUGAAGUGCGAACGGCUAAAGCAGAAAAAAGGUAUUUUGAGCGCUUGAAACACGAAGGUGCAGUCAGUCCGAGUAAUAGUAGUAUGACGUCAGUGACCUCUGAAGAAUGUGAAAGGUCGCUGUCUCCUGCGGAAAUGAGGGCCUUACAAGCUGAAAAGAAAGCUGCAUGGAGAGCUGCUAGGAUGAAAUCUCUUGACGAGGACGCUAUGAAGGCACAGAUGGUGAUAGCGAAGUCACAAGAAAUUAUUAAAAAAAGUAGUCAAUCUAGUUUGAAUAGUUUUGGUACUGGUAGAAAAACACCAGAACCCAUGCUUGAUGGCAAAAACUCAGGUGAUAAAAGAGACAUGAAACUCGUAAUAAAUGCCAGAGACGGAGAAACAACGCGAAAAGAACGGUCAAAGGUCAUUGACGAGAAAAUAACACGAAAAACUGAAGAGUACAUUGAUGAGAAAACUGGACAACCGUCUAUAAGAACAGUAGAAGUUGUUGAAACGACGAUUGAGCACGAGAUGGAGACGACAAAACAGAAAAUACUAGAAGUUCAACAAAUAGAAGAUAACAGUGACGGUGGUGGAAGUACCUGUUCUUCCUCCUUUGAAGACAAAGCAUUAGAAAUAAAAAACAAUAUUGUAAACAGUGACAGAAACCAGUAUAUUGAUAAAAAGAUGAAAAGCAAGACCUAGCCGGCCCAUUUUUGUUACAUUAUUUAUUAGUUUUAGGUAGCAAUGUGUAGUUUGAGGGACAGUGGGUGGUUGGUCUGGUAUCAUGGUGUCUUAUUACCUUGCCAUUUGUUGGCAAAAGUUAAUAUGUAAAUUAUUUUUAUGUGGUUAUUAGUUUUAACUUAUGUAACAUGGAAUGUGAUUGGUGAUUUCAUUAGCCAAUCACAUUUGCUGUUUGGUUGACCACCAGUCAUAGUUCAUGUUUCAUGUAGAUAAUA